AUGUCUCUCAAUGGGCUAGAUACUCCCGCUGUCGUCGAAGCCUACCAGAGUGCACUGGCCGACGCGGGCGGUUGGAUUCUAUUGCACUACACGGCCCGAGAUGAGGUCGCGCUCCUCGAUCGAGGCACCGGCGGGGUGCCCGAGGUGCGCAAUGCCAUCGAUAACUAUGCCGAGACCUCGCCGCUCUACGGCUUCCUACACUACCGCAGGAGGAAAGUCGUUCUGCGGUACAUGCCCGAGGGAUUGUCGCGGCUCAUCCAAGGUAGGUUCCUGACUGGCGUGGGACAGUAUGCGUCGAAGGAUCAUGCCACUGACUUGGGAUCUUCGUUUCCAGCUCGGAGCAACGUCCAGUUCCAGUCCGUCCUCGACAAGUUCACACCGAACGACACUGUGCUGCCCCUAUCGCAGGCUUCCGAAUUGAACGAAAGCGCCCUGUCGUCCGCCUGCCUGCUUCACACGGCCUCAGGAUCGAUUACCUCGUCCUCGAGCUCGCUCCGGCGCCGUCGCCUCAUGGAAAUCACCGAAGAUGCGGAGGAAAGCGGCGUGAAGGAGGAAACAACGAAACAAUCGGAACCGCAGCCUCCUCCCAAGGCAGAGACCAGACGACGAUCAGGCAGCCAGAAGUCUGAGGCGACCGUUGUACCACCUUCGGCAACCUCACCUGAGGUCGAGAAGUCCUCGCCCGAGCCUCAACCUCCGCUUUCUGCAGCAAAUUCCCGCGCUCCGCCCUCACGCGAGAGUCCGAGUGAGUCGCACGCAAGCACUACGUCCGCAAGCUCUCCCAGAUCCCCCGAUUCCGAUCUCAAAAAUGGCAAGUACCGGAAUAUAUUGGAUGAGUUUCCUCGUCCUUCAGAGGAGGUGCGUAUGUCAACUCAGUCUGCACGACCUUCGUUGCGCGAGCUUGAAAGAGCAGCUGGAUACACACCAAAAGUCAAGCUGGGUCCUCGUCCAUCAGUCGACCAAAGCGGCCGGCCUCGCACGUCGGGAAGUUCCCGUAAUCCCGAUCAACGACCAGUCGCCUCUCUGCCAGCCGGCAUGCGUUCAUCUUCCCUACGGAAACCGCCGAGUGUUACCGAUGUCCCCCGUCCCCGAUCUCAAGGAAGUUCAUUUGCGACCAAACCAAACAGCCGAGCACCUCCAAUCCCGCCUUUACUGAUUCCUCCUCCGUCGAUCCCCAUAUCGAGACCGCAGCUAUCUCCCGGUGCCAAGUCUUUGGGUGCCUUAUCAACCUCCUCUGGCCUGACCCCCGAGAAAGAACGGUUGAUGAAAGCGCUGCAGCAGCGGAAAAAACAGAUGGCGAAGCGAGCGGAACAGACGAAGAGGAAACAAGCGAUUCCCGAGGCGGAGAAAGAGGUGAACACACUGCAGGAGUCUGCGCAGAGCGAGAAGGAAAACAAGGAGAAUAUUAAUCUGGCCUGUGAGCCAGAAAGGAGACCCAAGAUUGAGGCUGAAACAACACCCGAGCCUAAAACGCAGCUCGAGCCUGAAAAGCCGCAGGAGACUCAAGAUGAUGAGAAAGCUGCAACCCCGGCUAUGGCUAUUCCCGAACCCUCCGAUGAUGCUCCUAAGCAGCCUCAGCAAAAUACUCCAGUCGAGCCGACCGAAGAUCAAGUUCCUCUUUCCUCCGAGACGCUAGAGCCUGAAUCUCUUCAGAAUAAGGACACAGUUGAGCCAGAAGAGGAGCAGACCCGUUCUUCUCCUGCAGCGUCCAAUGCCGAACCCGAGCCGACUGCCGACGCGACGACCGUGUCUGAUUCGGAAGGCCCAUCCUCUCAUACUUCCGGCGCCAGCGCCGACACGACCUUUUCUACUGACCGCGCUGAGACGCCCGUGGAAGCCAUCAAGUCCGGAACAGCACAGACCGGUCUUGAAGAGGAAGUCCCUGAAGUUGAAACCCGCGCCGAGCACACGGACUCCGCAGUCCUUGCUCCAAAUGAGACUAAGGACGACCUAGCGCCACCUAGCGCCAACGCCGAGGUUCCACUCGACAAGGAGGCGACCGGCGUCCCAGACACGACGCUAGAACCGGAAAAUGCUUCUCCUUUGCAAGAACCAGAGGUCCUAUCAGUCGUCGACAAACAACUGGAGGAGCCGACUACCGAAGAGACAGCCCCGGCAGCCAUCCCUGAAACGGUUACCAUCCCCAUCCUUCCGCCCGUGGACUGCCCCCCUAGCCCUAUAGCCGAGCCUGCGGUCCCGCCCGUGUUGGUCUCGAUUGAGGCUGUCCCGCAGGACGAGACUGCACCCGAGGAGUCCCACGCACGCAGUAUCACACCGAUUGUUCCCCCUCUGGACCAAAGGCGAAAGAUACACCUGGAGCCGAUUCAAGUGCCGACCUUGGAGUAUUCAGACGACGACAACCUCCUGUCGGAUGAUUCCUUCAUGGAGGAACUGAGAUCGGCCACCGUACUGCAGGCUAGACCAGUUUCGGUCAAAACUCCCAACGGCGGUGAUCAGUCUUGGAAGGGCUCGCGGGCUGUCUCCAGCCCGUACGGGCUGGCCUCUCCAUCUGUCAUGCACGCUUUAGCGGUGGGCAGAUCCGUGUCUAGCUCAUACCCUGACAACGGACCCCCAACCCCAGUGCUGAUGGCCAAGAAAAUCAAUGUUUCUUCCGGCAUUUCGAGCCGCAUCAAGGCACUGGAGAAGUUUUCCAGUCGGGAGGGCGCUCCUCCAAAUCCCAACACUGUGACUGGGCCGUCCGCCUCCUCGUCCUUUGAGAGCCUGCGUAAGCGUGCGUCUGUCUCGAUCCCGAAUGGUACUCUUCCAGACUUCUCGCGUGCUCCUAGCGUAAAACACCACGACGCCGGUCCCGUCUCCACUGCCACCCGCCGUACUAACUCGAUCUCUGUGACCGCUCGCAUUGUACGUGAUAACGGCGUGUCACCGGAGUCCUCUGGUCUUGAGCCGUCCGAGUCUGAUGUUCUCAACCUCCAGGCCAGUCCGCUGACCGUGGAGCAGCAUGAGGCCACCAACGAGCCGCUGUCCAACAGCUCGACCUUCGAGUCUAUCACCCACCGCUCGGAGGCUCGCAGCAUGUCCACGUCGUCUGCUGGGUCUAAUCGUCAAGCCACGCCAGUCUCUCGCCCUGGAAGCCGCCCGUCACUUUCUUCGCGUCCCAAGACCGAUGAGAAUCUCCAGGCGUCCUCGCCCACAGAUGAGAAGAAGGGCUCCCGCACCUCUCGCCUUAUGCGCCGCAUGUCCUCGAUUACCUCAACUUCUCGCCGCAGCAUUAUCGGGGCUCUGAGCCCACCCGUGAAGGAGGAAGUGGCUGCCGUUUCUUCCCUGCACGAUUCGGCCAUCUCGCCUUCCUCAUCCCGCCAGACCCUUACGGAUCCCAUUGACAUCGGCGAAGUCAAUGUUCAGUUCCCCGAGACCCUCCUCUGGAAGCGCCGCUUUAUGCGCAUCAACGAGAAUGGCUACGUGGUUCUCACCCCCGCCACCAAUGACGCAAGUGCUCGCAACAUGACCAAGCGUUACCACCUGACCGAGUUCCGGACACCCUGUCUCCCCGAUGAGGACAUGCAGGAACUCCCCAACAGUAUCCUGCUGGAGUUUUUGGAUGGUAGCACGCUGCAGUGCGCGUGUGAAUCGCGACAGGGACAAUCCUGGACCCUGCAGACCCUCGUCCACGCUUACAACGCCUACCGGCCAUGA